AUGAUUUUCGACUAUGGGAUUUAUUUUUCAAGAAAGGUUUCUGUCUGUUUGCAUGAGGGAUGCAUACUAAUAGGAAGCAGAACUACUUUCACGGUCGUUAAGGUUGAGAUUGCAGACAGGUGCCAUCUGUUUCUUCAUCCAGGUGCUAAGAGAAAAAGGUCGUAUAUAGAAAGGAUUGCUUCGGACCCUCGUUUGAUCCUAAGAAGCAGUGGAGAUCCAAAGGUGAACUUGAAGCUGUAUGUGUCCUUUGUCACUGGGGGCAAGUAUAGACCAAGCAUUCGAGGAAACAGAAGACAGAAAAUGAUCGGGAAUGCCAUUGAAGGGAAGAAGGCCACAUGGAAGGAUAUAGCUGCUAAGGAUGUUUAUGGAUAUGAUAAGCUGUUAAGUGUGCUGGGCAUAGACAUGGACCUGGGUCCCUUGGCGGGCCUUAAAAGAAAGAUAAUGAACAUGCUUAGGCAUGUUAAUGACGAAGAGAAUACAGCAGACGAAAGAGAAACCAUCCGCCGCAUUCUUAGGAAUGAGAGUGAUCCCCCCGGGAAACUCACCUUUGCUCUUAUGGCCCACUACGAUUUCUGCACCAAAAAUGAGGUAUUCUCCUUUAUGGAUGAACUAGGCAAAGAGUAUGGUAAAAUGCUUGACUUGAUCCUUUACGACAGGUUAGAGAGUUCAGUAGAGGAGUGCAGGAUAGAUCAUCCGUUUUAUAACGAGGUGGCUCUGUUCAACUCGUUUGUAAAAUGCAAGGACGACAUCCUGCACUUUGAUAGAAAAGCCUUGGAAAAAGAUGUGUUUCACACCAUCAACGAAAGAGGAAUCAGGGACUUUAUUACGAAGAAGGUGGAAAUGUUUUAUGCAUCUGGUGGAGGCCUUAUUAAAUAG